UAACCGGGAUCUUCCGGCGGUGUGAUUUAUGUGUCAACCCGAUAUGUAGCCUUUAAGUCCACAUAACAUUGACAUAUCUCAACGCGAAAGCACAUCAUCAAUGGUUCAAGGCAAAACUAAGGGUCUUCAGAACAAGGCUUCAUCGGCAAGGCAAGCUGCCAAGGCCGCCGCAAACCCGAAAAAAGGGAAACGGUACAUUCCACCCAAAAAGACCGCUCUGGUCAAGCAGGCUUCCAUGAGGCAGUCACUGACUGCCAAGAUAAACAAAUCCAUCGAGCAGCAAAUGGUAUCUGCUGCAUCAGCCGGCAAACUCUCGAUCAUGAAAAACACCGCCAAUGCGUAUGGCUGAUAGUUCCGUAUACGUACUAGUGAUCUGAAUUUACCCAUAUUCUGUACAGCGAACCACCCAAGGUGACACCAGGUGGAAAAGCCUCCAAGUCUUGACAGUCCAUGUGCUGUUGCUGAUGUGAUUCUACGGAUUUGAUCCUCAAGUAUUCCGUCGGGACCAGGGUUCCGCGUGGCCAAUCGACAUACACAGUUCGCACGUCAUUUGAAUGACCUGAUAUCAAGCAGUGCCACAGAGAAGGUUGAUGGACGACGGUAUAUUAUAAAUGACUAUAGCAUGCUUGAACAAUUUCAAAAUAUAACGAUCAGGCAAUGGUACACAGACAACUUAAUGUCUCUGCAUUGC